UAUCUCUAUUUAAAUAGAUAUUUAUACAUUUUUAACAGCGCUAAUAUUAAUUAAUGGAGAAAUACUUCAGAUCUUAGAUGUAGAUUCAGAUAGUAUUAGCGGAUACAUCGACACCUCUCUAUAUCGGUACUUAAAUCUGCAAAUGCAACUUCGCAUUUCGUUUCCUAUCUGAUGCUGCCCUCUGCUGCACAUGUUGCAGGACGGAUGCAGCACGUUGCAGAACAAGCAAUAUACGGGUUGCUAAUCCGCAGGCGCGUUUCCGGCAUAUAUACCGUUUCGUCUUCUCCCGCUCGCAUUCCUCGCAUUCAUGCUGGAGCCGCUAGUUCCUCCUCUCUCUUUCCACACGCCCUUCGCACCCCGCGGACCUCCCCGCAGGUCACCGUAUUCAAGUUCCACAGUACUUGCGUCGUAGCAGCCGUUUUCACAGCGACCCCACUAGUCCCCGGUCCCCGUAACCGGUAGUCUGUCUGCUACUCUGAUGUGGCAACAGUUGUUCCUCGUUGCGCUCACCGUUUGCUUACUCUGCUUCCAUCCAUUGAUUUUUUAUCUUUCCGUGUUUCCUCAUUCGCUUUUCGUGAGUGCUCUCCUAUUCUUUUCCAUUCUCGCGGGACUCAUCCGAACACCCGCGUACAACUGAUAAAAGCGACAGUGUCAGGGUCAGUGCUAGUGGGGCAUCGCGGCGGCGUGCUACGUCAGAGAGUUUAGUGCGGCUCCGCACGGGUGAAAGGAUUGUCCUCGUCUCAUUCCCGUCCGACGACUGUUGUCAGUCAACCGUCGACGAACAUGUCUCUCAUUGUCGACUGCUUUCGUCAUCUGACAUACGGAUCGCACUACAAAAGCGAGUUAAAAGGCUACAAAGUGACGGAUGUGAAUCGUACGAGAAAAAUCGGCAUUGCCUGUCGAAAUUUCCAGGACUUGAAACAGAAAGCGUGUUCGAAGCUAAAUGUGACUCAUGAUCCGACGGAAGUGAAUGUCUUUCUUCUGGAUGGAUCAUUGAUUGAUGAAGAGUACUUUCGUACAUUAGAGCCGCAGACUACUUUAAUUUUGCAAAAGCCAGGAGAGAAAGUAUUAUCCGACGCGGACAUUCUCUACGAUGCACUGAGACGCGUAAACAUCGAUUUCCUCAUCACCGGCGGCAGGGUGGCGCAAUUCCUGACGGAAAAUCUUAAAGUAAAGGUCGCCCUGUUGAACAGAACGUUAAAUAAAGAUGACUCUAAGACGGCGCUUAGUACGAAAGACGAACAUCCAGAGUGGUUUGAAGAUUUGGAAACCAAUUACGCAACCAAGGAAGCAUAUAUGCAUCGCAGAUGUCAGGACAGAAUACGCACGUACUUCUACAAAACAAUCGAACAAAUCAAGAACUCGGACGUAUACAUAAAUGAUAGCAAGGCGAGGGAGCAGCUGCUACACGUGAUAGCGUUUUUCAAAAUUCAACUCAAGCAGGAUCACUAUUUCGGGUAUUAUUUUGACCGAAGCAGAGCGGAGACUGAUUGUAAGGAUGACAGUGAUGAGACCGAUUGUAGCCGAUGUUACGAGCAUUGUCCCUGUCAUCUUGGCCGCGACGAAACGUACCAGCAAUAUCUCCGUCUUUUUCAAUCGUCGGAUGCAAAUACGACCGUCGAUGCAGAUAACAGCGACGAGACGGACGCGAAAAAGUUCACCGAAUCUAAGAAAAACGCAAAAACGGCGAGCAAUCACGAGGAAUCGAAAAGCUUUCCUUAUCGCGUGAUAUCGCAGAAGAAGCAGUUCGCCAUUUGCGAUAAAAUGGGUGAGUUUAGGUGCGAGGGUCGGUGGAACGCGGAUGGCUGUGCUUACGGCGACAAACAUAGAAUCAAUCCGUAUAGAUCCAAAGAGGAGCUCGCCUUAUUUUCCACAUGGAAUUUGGAUCACAAAAUUGAAAGGUCUAGAACGCUCGUUCCGAGGUUACUGCAGAUCUCGCGACAGGAUACGAUCAAUGAACAGGACAUAUAUGACUGUUACGACAAUCUAUUUACCGUGAAAAAUUUAAGGCUAGUCCAUAUUGUGUGCCACGAUAAAGGAUCGCACAAAUAAGCCCCAAUUCUGGGACUUUUAGGUCGAUGAAUAUGUUACGCUUAUCUUAAAAUGUAUAGUGACUGUAUAUGUGACUGUAUAUAUGUUAAUGUGAAAGCCAAAGAGUAAUUGUACAACAUUUUCACAAGAGCUUCCGUAGAUUCUCAAUUCUUUUUAUUUGUACACUGAAAGAUGAUAUGUGCGUAAUACGUGUAGACGGUCUUUUACUAGAAAGCUCUACAAAUAAGUAUGUUUAAUAUGCUUAAGGACUGUCGAUAGAAUAUAGAUCUAGCGAUUGUUAGUGUUUCACUAUCGUGUGUAUUCUGAUUGCGGCACGAAAUACUAAGCAAUAAUGUUAACAAUAAAAUGUCCGUUAAAGUUUAAAAACAUGGAUUUAAAGAAGAACAUAAAUGCAUAUUUCAUUCAAUAAGUACAUUUGAAUUCUCUUCUUUAAAAUCAUAUUUCUAUAUCUUUUAGCAAAAUUGAUGUUUAUUAAAUAAUAUAUUGCGUAUCAUAUAUCUAAAUGUAUCAUUUUUCACUUGUAUGAACAAAAAGAAUUAAAAAUCUGCGGAAGAUGUUGUAAAAACGUCGCAGUGCGUUGCGUCAAAUGAUUAAUUAUUUAUAUCUUAAUUGUACGAUUCUGACUGAAUGAUAUUACUUAUGUUAGUAAUAUGCCUCCAAAAAUUAUUUCGUUAAUUGUAUUGUUCUCAUAUGUUUCUUCUUGUUAAUAAGAUUGUUUAAUGACUAUCUUAUUGAAAGAGACUAUUGGCAUAAAUCAAUUACGACUACAGGGUUGCAUAAGUCACGCGCAAUUUAUUUCGGUGACCAAAAAUUGCCGAAACAAACUAUUAGAUAUCUCAAAAAUGUCAUUAACAAUAAGUACAUAUUUGAUGUCAUUAAAUAUAUAUUCGAUGCUUCUAUAGAUAAAAUCUAUUACAAGGAGAAACUAAGCUGAUCUGAUUUAAAACAGCGUUAUCGCUCCUUUUCGUGCUUCAAGUGUGAAGUAGAAUAUCUUUCAGACACAUUUUUAUUCUGACUGCGCUCUCGAUAAGAGACAAAACAAAAGUUCUGAUAUAUAUACAAAAAUACACACACAUAUAUAUAUAGUAUAUAUAAUUUAAAGUAAAGUGUGUAUAUAUACAAUAUUGUUCCUAAAUAGGCAUACAGGGCAUUUUAAAUUGUUGAUUUGUUAAUUAAUAUAUUAAUUAUAUAAUUGAUUUAUGCAAAUGGUUGCAGUAUUUCAUAUAACAAUAUUUGAGUAAACGAAGAAUCACAUUACUGAUACGUUCGAUUUUCACGAGUUGUGCCAAAGUAAUGUAGAAUAAAAAUAUCAAACAUGGAAUACACGUUGCUAAUAAUAGAUAAAGAAUACAAAAAUAUUUUAUAAACAGAAAUUGGCAACACGAUUGAACUGUUGGACAUUUUAAGGCAUACAUGAAAGGCGUAUCAAAGUCGUUAGUAUUAAACAUUCCGAUGGUUCUUUUCAUUAAGUUGUGUUCUUUUAAGAAAUUAUAUUUUUAUAUUUUUUGAUUCAUUUAUCUUGG